AAAAUUUUAGACAUAGCCCGUAAUAUUUAUCUCCCGUGGCAAAUAAAAUAUGGCGGCGAGACGCACGUUCAAAUCUCCAAAAUUCAAAGUUUAAUGCAGUAUCUUACGUCAUCUUGCCAAGCAGUUAGGAACAUUAUAUUAACGUAAAUAAGUAAAGAGUUGUUCAUUCACUGAAGUCUUGAACAUUGUCGAUUGAUAGCUGAACAAUUGUUGUAUUGAAGACUGAAGUUAACUUAGAUAUACUGUUACCAUGGCAACACCGGACAUGGAAGUCAUUAAAGAUAUACCUGGCUACAAGGUCAUACUGAAGGCUAUAAUCAAGAGCCAGAUACAACAACUGGUAGAACAGUUGGCUAGUACGACUGAGGAAGAAUCAGUUAUCCUAACAGCAAGUGUAGCAGAUGGAACACUGUGUCACCUCGGUUCAGACUCGGGUAAAGUUUUCCUGGAGGAUCACGAGGAUAUCAAAUCUCAGUUCCUUGGCUUCUGUCUUAAAAGACAUCAUAAAAAGAAACAAGAACAGGAAAGAAAAGAAGCUCAGGAGAGAGAAGAAGCUCUGGCUAGAAAUAUGCAGGCAGUUACCCCACCUAGAUAUGACGGUAUGGGUAACAGAAUGGGAUUCAUGUCUCAACGCUCACCAAGAUUUCAGUCACCACGGCAACAAGGACCUCAUCCUGUAUCUAUGAGUAGAGUGGCAUCCCGUGGCAGAGUAGUGAUAUCUGGUAACAGGCAUCAGCCUUAUCCAAUGGCCCGUCCUCUGCGACCAACAUUAAGUUUUGAUCAGCAAGGUCGUUCACCUGUGCAGGGGCCUGGUCCUAUGGUAACUCCAGUACGUAACACUAAACUUGAUGGACAAGUCAUUAAAAUAGAACCAGAAGAUGAAGAUGUAAAGUCCAAUCAAAGUGCAAAUGAAACUACAAAUGUUCAAAGUGAUGUAAAAACUAACAUAUCUGAAUCUAGUCAACCAUCCUCUCCAUCUAUCAAACCAUCCACACCCUCUCAAACACAAGGACCUUCAGCAUCAGAUAAUGAAGAUGCUCGGUCAGAAUCAUCGUCAUCAACCAUUCCAAAUGAAGCAUCAGAUCUCAAAUUUAGUGACACUAACCCAGCUGCGGGUCUUAGUUUAGAUUCAGAUCUCUCAAACAUAUUACCAACAGAUAGUUCUGUGAAUGAACCUUCAACUUCACAAGGAAAUGAACAAGGAACAAUGGAAGGAUUAGACCCGAAUAUUAGUGUAAAACUUGAAGCAGUUGGUGAUUCAGAAAUGGAUUUAGAAAUUACGGGUGUGGAGUUAGGUCAAAAUACUUUAACACAAGAGCAAAUGAGCUCACAAGAAUGGAUGGCAAAUGUUCAAAAUGUAAUGCAAGGUGCAUCAGGCAGUUCUGCAGAUAUGGCAGGUCAACAAGGCUACA